AUGUCCUGGGGCUGGACAGCUGCUGGUGGUUCUCGGCCAAGGAGCAGCGGAAAGGAUGCAGAGGAGCUGUCUGAAAAUGUGGUUAACCGCAUGAAGGAUUCCAGCCAGUCUUGCCAAGCAGGCCAGCCUGCUUCCCCUCCUGCCCCUCCACCUUCGACAUUUGGCACCUCUAAAGGCCCAGAGAAAGAGUCCAAACUGCCCAGGUCUGAGUAUGGUGGUGGCCGGCAGUCUUCCAAGAUGGAGGAGGAUUUCCUCAAGAGGCAUAAACAGGAGCAGGCCAAGGUCCAGGAUGAGCUAUUCCAGGUGGUGACGAGGGAAAGAGAGGCAGCCACAAAGCACAGGAGUGCAUCCCUGCAGCAGGGAGAGGGCAGCGUUGACCAGGAGAAGCAGAAGUCAACCCAGCUGGCCAGAGAGCUGGAGAGCCGGGAGGCAGAGCUGAGCCGCCGUGACACCUUCUGUAAGGAGCAGCUGGGGCGCCUUGGGAGGAAGAAUGCCGAGAUGUAUAAACUGUCUUCACAGCAAUUCCAUGAGGCAGCUUCGAAAAUGGAGGGCACGAUAAAGUAA